AUGAAAUCUGGGAAAAAGGCUCUUCGAGGAAGACGCGUGGGUGGUAUUCGAGCACUUUCAUUCAACUGGCAAAUGCAUCGGCAUGUUGAACAUCCAAAACGCACUUUCCUUGCUGUGUUUCCGCAACGAUCCCUUAGCCAUGAAUCCAUUAUCAACAAGUUGAAAUCCUUGGAUGAAGAAGCCAUCAGCAAUAGCCACGUGGAUUUUGUACAAGCCUCGGAUCAGCCUUUGAAAAAGACCUUGGCGUUGAUCGCGUUUGAUACUAAGGAAGACCGUGAUAAGGUGCUGACUGCAUACGCAGACGCCGAACGUCAGGGAGGUGUAUGGCGAUUUGAACUACUUCCCACGAUUCCUCUUGAAGAGCAACACAAGUUAUUGUACGUGUACGCCAUCAAGAAUAUGCAUUUCACAAAUGAGCGGGAUACAUUACGCCAUGUCAAAGAUGCGCUUGCUGAAAAAGCAUGGAUGGGAAAUGUGAUGGAUUUGAUUGUCAAAGACACAGCCAACGAUGACGAGGACUCCAACAAGGACAUGACGAUUGUAUCCACCAAAGCCUUUUUUACCAGCACAUGCAAGUUGAUGUUGGAUGGUCAUCGAUAUCAAAUGAAACGAGCGGGUCGUUGCAAGAACUAUCUCUAUUGCAAAACAUGUCAACUUUUGAAUGCACACGACACCGAUGAUUGUUCCCUAUACUAUAGGCCCUCACCCUCACCCGAUGAGUAG